GUAGGGUGAGAUAAUAUAGAGUAGAACUUUUUUUUUUUACAAAUAAACCAUGCAAACUAUAGAGAGAAAUCACGCACAUUUUGCAAUAGUAGUGUGAGAUGCGUGUUGACACUUCAGUAGUUUUAAAGUUGUACUUAAUUAAGAAACUCAUUGAAACAGAAGGCAGAUAAGAGACCCAGCUUCACAGUGAACAGAUUUGAUUACAACAUGCAGUUUGGAAAUUCAUCAUACAAAAAAUAGGGAUUGUACUUAGACCUAUUAUUCAGUCUGGCCAAGGUUUAGCAGAUGGAUGUGCGUAGAUUAUUACUUCCUGGAAUUGUUACAACACGUGAAAGACGCUUACGCAUGUGUAGUGAUCGCGAAAUACGAGAUGAAUAGUUUCAGAAGAUACUUUCUAUGAUUUAAUAAAUCUUCACUAAAUACAUAAUUUAAUGUUGAAGGGGAUAAUUAGCUCAAGUCGAAUUUCAGUUUAGUAUUUAGUAUAUUUUGUGAAAUGUAUAUAAAAUUUUGCCACACUUAUAUUCGCAAUCAGCAUUUAGUGGACUUAGAGCAGGAGUUACUUUCUUAAGUAGGCCAAAAAAAUAGACUAGGUUAUUUGGCCAGAGGAUUUAAAUCUCAAUAUAACACUAUGAAUAAAAAACAGUUUACUUAUAAAUAAAUAGCGUCAAUAACAUUCGUCUGCUGCUCGUUUCACUGAUGUAGGGCAAUAAUUGAUGUACGGGACAAGAGGGAAAAAACUCUUGAAGCAUUCACAGCUACACGAAAAAGGUUUUUGGGAGUAGAUCUCUGAAAAAACGUCAUUUGUAGGCUUAACACAAGUAGAGACGCUAUUCUGGGCAGAGACGCUAGAGUUUUUACAAUCACAUAAAUAAUUUGGAUGGAUGACUUUGAGGUAUAUGAGGCUCGUUUUGCAGAAUAUAUUCGGUUGUGAAUAAUAUGUGGGCAGUUCAGUUACAGUAUUUAUUUUAGCCAACGAUUUCUUAUUCCCAUCAAUAUUUGCAACGAAAAUUUAUAUCCAUAAACACUAUGGACAUAAUUUUAGCAGGCACGAGUGGGCCAGUUUGAACACAGCGGUGAGCCGGAUCCGGCCCAGGGCCAUAAUUUACCCAUCCCUGAGCCAGAGAGACUGACUGAUUUGAAUUAUUUCUAAGCAGUCAUCAUUAGCACCACCCAUGGUCAUGGGGUAUUAUUUAUUGUACAUAAUGCAAUCAUAAUUUGGAUAUAGAAAAUGAAGAUAUGCUGUGAAAACAUCAUGAGCUUUAUGGUGACAUGGACUACACUUACGAAUUCUUUUGAACUACUGGUCUACAAUGAAUGUCCUUUGAUCAAACGUUGCGGCUGUACAGAUGAUUCAAAAAUUGAGGGAGGAAUUGUAAUAUCAUGUAAGAACAUCACCACCAAUGAUCUACAAAAAUUGCCACUGGAAAACAUGACCAGAAUAACUAUAAAAGACUCCACUUUCCAAGACCCCGCGGACAUUGGAAUAUUACGAAAAAGCACCAUUAAAUACAAUGAAGAAUAUUACAGUGUUUGCCACCGAGAUUAGUCAUUUUCUUGGGAAUAUAUGCCAGACAACAUUAUGAAGAUAACUCUUGGUAAAACAAAAACAAAAAAUAUAUUUUCAAGCAAAGAACUGAAACCAGAUGGAACUUUCAUAUAUGAAUGUGGGAUGCAGCAUAUAAAGAAUAUUACUGCCCUGUAUCUGCUAAGACAGGAAGAAAUGAGAACAAUUCCUCCAUGCCUACCCCCAACACUGGCAAGAUUGUCAUUCAAAAGCGCAGAUUUGUCAAGUCUUGGCGAAGACAGGGAUGACGAUGGCAGAACCACAAUUAUAUGGCCUGAAUCUUUGAAGAUAUUGCAAUUUUCAGAUAAUAACAUUACAACUCUUGCAGAUAGAGUAUUUGCUAAUUCCCCGCAAAGUUUAACUUGGAUCAUAUUUCGAAAUCAGCCUAUAAUGAAUGGAGCUUUUUUACUUAAACUGCCAGCUUCCACACUUUUAAAUCUAAGACUCCAAAGUGCACCAAUUGCAUCAAUUUUUGGGAGGCAUUUUGAAAAUUUCGAAAAGAAAACAUACUACAACAUCUUGCGAUAACGUACUGCAAUCUGGUAGCAAUACCUAUGGGCAUACCAACAUCAGUUUUAAGUCUUCAUUUAGAAGACAAUAAGAUCAAAGUAAUAGAUCCAAUGGCAGUGAAGGACUUGACAAAUCUCAAGUAUAUUGGAUUAAAGAGAAACUUGCUGAAAUUUAUAUCCGUUGGACUUCCAAAAAGUUUAGAAGAUAUCCAGCUUCCACACAAUCAAAUUCUCUCUUGUCACACUGAAGCAUUUAUUGAACUUAAAAACUUAACUACUCUCAACCUAUCCAACAACAGGUUGAUGAACAUUCCCACAGGUAUUUCGCAUGGUAUUUUACAUUUCGAUGUGCAAGGAAAUCAAAUAUCAGAGAUUGGACCACAUUCGAACUAUGAAUUCUGUGCCAACUGCAAAGUGUUUAACAUUCUUGAUAACCCAUGGGCUUGUAAUUCAAAUAUGAUAAAAUUUUUAGUCUGGAUAAGUAAACCCAAUAUCAGUAAAACAAUAUCAUCUGACAUAUCUAAAUAUGUGGAAUGUGAAACUGGAAUGCCAGGUCUGAAUGAUAUGAUUUUGGAGAAAAUUAUGAGCACUUUGAUAAUAUUUCAAAAGCUUGGUUGCUUCUAUAAUGUGGCAGUUCUGAAUUGUACAUCAAGCAAAAUGGAGACAAUCCCAAGAAUCGAAAAUAAUUUGAAGAAGGCUAUAAUUGUCAAUAAUGCAUUGCCUAUGAAUGGAACUGAUUAUGUAUUUUAUGGACAAAAAUCCUUAACAAGAGUUCAACUUGAAAAUAUUGGAUUAUUUUGGAUACCGAGAGGUUUACCAGAAAGUAUAUUAUACCUGAGCUUGGCAAACAACAAAAUAUCAAGUCUUUCUGAAAAAGAUGGAGAAGCUUUGAAGAAUCUAACAAAUGUUCGAGAAAUAAACCUGAAGAACAAUAAACUAUUUACAAUGCCAAUGAAUCACAUACUAUCGUUAUCCUACUUAGAGAUGGUAGACCUGUUUGGAAAUCCAUUGAUAUGCAACUGUGAAUUAUGGCCCUUCAUUGUUUGGCUAUAUGAGAAGGAACACCAGGAAAGAUUAGAGAACAAUGGAGAAAUAAAUCAACAUGGUACAUGUCAUGCACCCAUGGAUAAGAUUGGAACUGAUAUCACAUUUUUAAAAAAUUAUUUCUGGUAUGAAAAACCAUGUAUUCAGCAUACCUGUGAAUGGGACAGAAAAUAUCCAGACUUGGAUUGUUCAUACGGCAAAGCAAUGGAAAUCUCCAAAAACUACACAGAUAUAAUGGGUCAAUUGCCGGCUAUAGCACAAAGUGGAUAUUGGAAGAAAAUUAACUUGAGUGGGCUGGGAUUGCAAAAUACAAAAAUAAGAUUGAAUCAUUUGUAUGGUUUGAUAAACAUCAACUUGUCAAAUAAUUCAUUGAACAGUUUUCCUCUUGUUGGAUUACCUGGUACUGUGCAAAAUCUGACUUUAAAGAACAAUAACAUAAGCUCACUGCCAAGUAUUGAAGGCAUAAAGCGGCAUCUCCCAGAUUUGAAAUAUCUUGAUCUGCAGAAGAACAAAUUAACAUCAUUGAAUGAACACGAUGUUCAAUUGUUCCCGCUGCUAACGAAAUUUCUGUUACAUCAAAAUCCACUGGUUUGUGACUGCAAACUAAGACAGUUUGUGGCAUGGAUUGCAGCAAACCAUGACAAUCCCAGUGUUAUGAGAAGUCAUGAAUUAGAGAGACUGACAUGCUAUGCUCCAUGGAACUUAGCAGGUGACUUAAUCAUGAAUCUUACAGAAGCGAAAUAUUGUCCAGAUGUCAACGUUGGUGUGAUAAGUGGUGGAUUGGUUGCUGGAGUGUUGUUUCUCAUUGUCCUAGCAAUUGCAUGCAAUAUAUACAUGCACAGAAAAUGCAAGAUUCGAGAAAAAGAAGCCAUAUUGCAAGGUUUUCGAGAAUUAUUACAGCAGGAAGCUGGAUUUGAUGACACCGAUCCAGAAACUGGGGUGAACAUGAUUGAACCUACAAGAUUUAAGUAUGAUGCAUUCGUAUCUUAUGCACCACAUGAAGAAGACACAGAAUUUGCAAUGUGGCUUCUGGAUGAGUUGGAGAUUGAACAGAACUAUAAGCUAUGUGUACAUGAGAGGGAUUUUGUCCCAGGAACUGGCAUAGCAGAUAAUAUUGUGGAAUGUAUAGGUGCAUCAAAGCGCAUUAUUCUAAUUUUAUCAAACCAUUUUGUAACAAGUCCAUGGUGUCAAUAUGAAGUUCAAAUCGCACUUACAGAGCUCCAUCAAAAGAGGAAAAGCAAACUUCUUGUACCUAUUUUGCUGGAGGAACUGGAUGGAAAAGUAGAAGGAAGUGUAAAAACGUUUUUAUCAUUGAUAAAAGGUAUAAGAAUACCACAUAACCAGAGUCAUUCUCAGUGGACUGUGUUCUGGAAUGAAAUUAAAGAAGCAAUGCCAGAAGAACCAAUUCAAGAUAGCAUUGUAUGAGAGAGAAAUUGGCAGCAACUCAUAAAAUGAGAGCAUGCUAAUGGGUUCUGCAGAAGCACACUUAGAGACUGAAGAAAUCCCAUAAAAACUUGGAAUAAAAAUGGAAAACAAUGGAAUUCGAUAUCUUGUGUGUCUAACUCAAUGGUUCUCAAAAAGUGGGGUGCGCCUCAUAUGCGUAGAGAAUUUUUUGAGUGGCGUAAAUCUAAUAAAAAAUAAAAAUAUUUGUUAGAUUUGAUCUUGCCAGCCUUAUUUUGGACAUUUACAUUUCAAAACUUUCCAUAUAUUUUAUUAUUUACAUUCCAUCCACGCAUUUUCAACAUGU